UAGCAAUUAACUAACCAAGCUGUGAUAUCUGGAUGCACUUGGAUCUCUGAUUUUAGAAGUUGAACUGGUAGGACUACUUGACUGUUAGUAGAUGUAAAUAGUGAUCUCCAGGUAGGGUUAGGAAAGGAUCUUUUCUAAGUCCUUGGAAGCCUCCGCUAGGCAAAAUAGACGAUACUAAGCUAGAUGGGCCAGUUAUUCAACUUACCGACAAUUUCCUGUGUUCUUAACCUAACAGAGAGAAAUGUUCAGUUCAGUGGGCAUAUCGUACCAUACCUAUGUGUUUUCUACAGUACUGUUACACGGAGGUACAGUAUGUAGAGGGCAAAUAGGAUUAAAGAAAAGUUAAACUCUAAACGACUUGGGCCAGGCUACUUGAAAGACAGCAUCUCCCUUUAUAAGCCCGCCUGAGUUUUAAAAAUAAUCUGGGGAGGCCUUUUCCUUUGUCCUGGCACCCAGCACAGAUAUGUUGGUGAGAACACAAGAGAAGACCUGGUCCUUUUCUUGCUGUCCGUCCACAAAGCAGAACCUUUAAAGAAAAGAGAAGAAGUUUAACCGAUAGACAUUCGCCUGGAUUCAGUGUGACAGCCUCCAGAGAAAACACAAAAUGAAUUCCGAGUCAAAAAAGCAAUUGAACAUCGUUGUUUUAGGAACAGCCUUUAUGUUUAUGUUUACGGCUUUUCAAACAUGUGGAAACGUUGCACAAACUGUCAUCACAAAUCUAAACAAUACAGAUUUUCAUGGCAGUGGCUAUACAAGCAUGGCUGUUAUUUAUGGAGUCUUUUCAGCAUCAAAUCUGAUUUCGCCUUCUGUGGUUGCCAUCAUAGGACCACAAAUAUCCAUGUUUAUAAGUGGCAUUUUUUAUAGCAUAUAUAUUGCCAUUUUUAUCCAGCCUUCUACGUGGACUUUCUACACGGCCUCAGUUUUCCUUGGAAUAGCAGCUGCUGUUCUGUGGACUGCUCAGGGAAACUGUCUGACAGUAAAUUCUAAUGAACACACAAUUGGCAGGAACAGCGGAAUCUUCUGGGCAUUGCUGCAAUCCAGCUUGUUUUUUGGGAACCUUUAUAUAUACUUUGCCUGGCAAGGGAAAUUCCAUAUAUCAGAGAGUGACCGCAGGACUGUCUUCAUUGCUUUAACUGUGAUCAGCCUUGUGGGCACAGUUCUGUUUUUCCUCAUUCGGACCCCAGAAGAAUCCAAUUCAGAGGAAGAACCUCCUGCUGACAACCUUAUGGAGCGCACAUCUGGGCCAAGCGUGAUGACGAAGGCUGUAGAUGCAUUUAAAAGGUCUAUUAAGCUGUGUGCCACGAAAGAGAUUGUGCUGCUCAGCGUUACUACAGCAUAUACAGGUCUGGAAUUAACAUUCUUCUCUGGAGUGUAUGGGACCUGUAUAGGUGCUGUAAAUAAGUUUGGAAAUGAAGAAAAAAGCCUGAUUGGACUCUCUGGUAUUUUUAUUGGCAUUGGAGAAAUAUUAGGUGGGGGAAUCUUUGGUCUCUUGAGCAAGAGCAACCAGUUUGGUAGGAAUCCAGUGGUGAUGUUAGGCAUUGUGGUCCAUUUCAUAGCCUUCUAUUUGAUUUUCUACAACAUACCAAAUGAUGCCCCCAUUGCCUCCAUAGAUGGAACAGACAGUAGAGCAUUCAUGGAACCAAGCAAAGAAGUGGCCAUAUUUUGCAGCUUCUUGUUAGGCCUAGGCGAUAGUUGUUUCAACACUCAACUCCUCAGUAUCUUGGGAUUUCUGUACUCAGAAGACAGUGCCCCUGCCUUUGCCAUCUUUAAAUUCAUUCAGUCUGUCUGUGCAGCCAUCGCUUACUUCUACAGCAACUACCUGUUUCUUCAAUGGCAGCUUCUGAUUAUGGCUGUUGUUGGGUUCUUUGGGACAAUUUCAUUUUUCUCUGUCGAGUGGGCAGCCCCAGCCUUUGUCGCCAAAAGAACGGAUUACAGCAGCAUUUGAUGGGCAUUUUCCUCAGCCAGGGACAAUAUUCACACAGUUACCUUCAUGCACAUAAAUACUUUACUUACUUUCUGGAAAGACUUGUUAGCAUUUUAAAUUACAGAAUAUGGAAUGUCCAAACACCAAAGUUUUGAAAAAAAUUUUUUUUGCUCUUUUUGUCACAAAGGGACAAGUAAAUUCCAUACUGCACUGUGCAAGAAAGAAUGACAGUUGAGAUGCAAAACACCCUAGUUGUUUUCUGCUACUCAGUGCUUGCCUUUCAGCUUCAUCCGUUUUAACUGAGAUUUCAUUCUCAUUUUUUGGUUGUCUCUCUGUGACGCCUUGCAAGUACCAGCAUUUUUUUCUAUGCAUGAGAAGAUUGUUUCCGCACAGUAGAAUAAGCUGAAACACAGUAUCUGGAAAACCAGUUCACUUUGUUGGUUUGUGUGGAAAUCCAUGGAAACAUGGUUUUGAAAUUUCAGGCCCUAUUUUCUCAGAUAAGUCUAAUAUCUUACAUUUAAAUAUGAAGUAAAAUCAGUGUUUUUUUUUUUAAAAAGGAAAGAUAUACAUUGGGAGAUACUAACAUAAGGGAAUUAAGUAUAUUUACACAAAGUAUUUUGCUAAUUUAAUGUGAAGUCUGAGGCAAUGAUUUAAGGUUGACAGCACUUGAAAUCUCUCUCUAUAUUCCCCUGUGUGCUCUGAGACUGUAUUGUAUUUUCUCACAAUGAUGUUCCUUAUCAUUAUGUUUGCUGUUACAAUGUUGUUUAGGAUGUGCAUUCCAGAAGGCCCCAAAGACAUCACUAUAAUGGUCCCACAAAUAUUUAGAUAUUUUAGUGGCCUCAGUGGAUUUACUGUGGCCUCUCUUGUGCAUAAAAAUGCUUGAAUGCACGGAUACCAUAGCCCUCCUUGGUUAUUCUCAAAAUCCAUCUUUCCCAACAUGGCUAGAAAGGAUAAAGUAAUUUUUUCCCAUCCAGGCAAGGAUGAACCUGAAGAGGAGAGGACCAGGCUUAUAUGUGCAAGCUCUGCCUGUAAGCAAGAAUCGUGGAAAAUGUGGGUUCUUGAUUAUGUGUGGAACUUACACAUCGGCAGGAGCCUCAUUUCUGACUUGCCCCUUUUCAUGUCGAGUAAUCAGUGAAGAAAGGUGCAGGGUUGGCUGCCCUUUCUAAACCUGUUGACCAAGAUGGAUCGGAGAAUGACCUAUAUAGAUGCAUAAAAUAAGAAAAAUAGCUUGCUGGAUUUUGGACUCAUUUACUUCAGUUAAUUUAUUGUUAACAGCUUUGGGAGAAAAUGACCUCUGUAUUCUGCCAGUUUUUAAAGAUACACAUCUUUUAAAUACAUUUUUAGAAUAAGGGAUUACAUUACAAAUGUAGUCUUGUUACGACCCCAAGGAAGAAUGCUGUCAAAGGCGACCACAACGAUGUUGGGGCCAUUUAAAAUGUUAAAGAUUUGCCAUCACCUGGUUACAGUGCUGCAGUCCUAUACAAGUCUACUCGAAAUAAACCUCCCUGAUUUUGUGGGCUUUAUUGUUAGUUGAGGGGUGCAACCUAAAUGUUGGAGGAUGUGUGGGAAUCAGUGCAGUCUUACGCAUGCCUCCAGAAAAAGAGUUGACAGAGCUGGCUCUUGGGUGAGUAGCGGUUUGCACCCUGAGUUUACACAGGAUUUCAUAUAGACAAUACCUUGAGGGCACGCAGGAGAAGGAGCCACAGCAUGUCUGCUCCUUAGAGGGGGUUAGGAAAGAAAGCAAAUGAGACUGAGAGUCAUGGCCGCCUUUUAACAGAUACAGGAGGAAGUAGAAGUCAGACCCCAUGUUGCAGAAUCAUGGGAUUUCUAAAAUGAGAGGUUUCUGCUUGGUUUUCAAGCAGUACAGAAGUGGUUGAGGCCAGCUCUAAUGGAGCAUAAAUUUAAUUCCGUGUUGCUGUUAAUAUUCAUUUGCACCGAUGUGAUGAUUAGUCCUAGGAAAAUAUGAAAAUGCAGAGAUACAUGUUUGGCAUCCUGUUUUGUGGAAUUUCUCUAAUACUCUUUUUUUACAGAAGGAAAUGCUGCUGAAUGUGCAUUUUUAAAAGCACAAUAAAGGGACAGAAUUAUUGAACAUAAAUAAAAUGUCCGUUCAAUAGUGAAUACGUACCACUGCCUUUACCUGGAGUUGUUAAUUCCCGGUAAAAUAGACCCAUUGAAUCUGCUGCUGAAUGGUGAGCUAACACUUAAAUAUAUCCUGUAUAUUCAGUGAGUCUGCCCUAGUUGGGACUAGCAGUUGGAUUGAGGUCCUAUGUAUGGAUUGUGUGUCCCAAGUAGCAGCAAUGGUAAUAAUCACUGAAUAGUGUUUGCCUAGUGCACUAUGAUAGCUAAAAAUGGGGCUCCGAGGAGGCAUUUUACCUCUUGAAGUACUCUAGGCAAGCGUUACAGGAUUCCUGUCUCCCCCCUGGUUGGUGGCUGCUGUAGGCAAAAUUGAAGAGGAUUCAGAUCAGAAGAGUGACAGCAAGACAGUUCUCAUUGAUAGCAAACUGUUUGGUUAGAUGUGACAAACCUGUUCUGUAAAGCACUUGUUUUGUGGUGCUGAGGAGAAAACAAGACUAUUCAAGCAUCCAACAUUUAUUCCAUAGGGGGAAGAUAGAGGAGAGUAAGCCAAUAGGGCUGCUUUGUAACUCCUCUACACUAGCUGGACAUCAUUAGCAGCACAAGCCCUAUAGCAUGUAAACAUUUACCCGUAAAAGUUAGCAUCCGUUAUAAGUGCUGAUUCACUGUUGAGUUUGGGAAGUAAUUUUGUUUGUUUUUUAUAGCAGGAUUCCAAAGGACAAAAACAGUAAAUAGUAGGAGUGGCAGCAAGUUGGGGGUGGGCGGGUGGAAACAUUACCAGCUUUUCACCCAGAGGAAUCUAGAUUUUUAGGAUUGGGGGGGUUGCUGGGUAGAAACUGCCAAGAAGCAGUGAACCAAAUAAAGGGGGGAAAAACAAAUAGGGAACUGGUCUCAUAAGGGACUGCAAUUCUCAGAGGGUAGAGACACAGCUGCCCACAGUCGAAACCUGGGAUAUCUUUCUAAGCAAGCAAAGAAAACCCCCUCAGCUGGAAAAGGGGCCUUGCCUCUGCCAUCAAAAGGCAAUUUACUUGGGCAGCUAUAUAUUCGUUGCAUAAAUUUGGCAAGGCGUUAUGAUUUCUAAUCAUGCAAUGUCUUCUUGAGUUUUGUUAUAUUUGUUUUGUCAUUGAUGGUUUUAAGAGCCUUCUUUUAAUUUGCAAUUUAAAAAAAAUAUUUUCAGUUAUAUGACACUGAUAAGGGAAAAUGUGGAGCAUAGAUUGGCUUUAUUUCUUUUUGUGAUUACAGCCAUCUAAAUAAAAAUGGAAUUACAGCUCAA